AUGGUGCAGACUACAGGAAAUCAGUAUUUUGUGAGCAGACCACUCUACACAGAGGAUGCUUUUACAGAAGACUAUGAGAAAGUCCAUAGGCAACGCAAAACUAUCCUGGACCAUGUAAAGCAAUACUUCACCUGCGAUUCCAAACGUGCAAAGAAUGCAGCCCUGUCUCUGCUGCCGGUCAUAGGCUGGAUAAAAAUGUAUAACAUUAAAGAAUGGAUUCUGGGUGAUAUCGUUUCUGGAGUCAGCACUGGACUGGUGGCCGUACUGCAAGGGUUAGCAUACAGCCUUUUAGCAUCUUUACCUGCCUGGUAUGGACUAUAUUCUGCAUUCUUCCCUGUCAUAAUUUACUUUUUUCUUGGCACUUCUCGACACAUUUCUGUGGGAGCAUUUCCAGUUCUGAGUUUAAUGGUUGGGUCUGUAGUGACAAGACUAAUACCUGAUGAGGGUCCUCACGCUAACAUCACAGGCCUUGAGGGGCUUAACAUCGAUGACAAAAGAGCCAUAGUGUCUGCCUCACUUACUUUCCUUAUUGGCAUUUUCCAGCUUGGUAUGGGCUUGCUGCAGGUGGGCUUCAUAGUCAUUUACCUUUCUGAUACUCUGGUAUCCGGCUUCACUACUGCUUCUGCGGUUCACAUUUUUAUAUCCCAGCUCAAGUUUAUUUUUGGGCUGAAGGUACCAGGCUUCAGUGGUCCACUUGCCCUUAUAUAUAUCCUGGAGAAAACCUUUGGCCAGAUCACCUCAACAAACAUCCAUGAUCUGGUGACGGCCAUUGUAGUGAUUACUGUGGUGUUUGCUGUGAAGGAGCUCAAUGACAGAUACAAGUCAAAGCUUCCAGUGCCCAUACCAAUAGAAGUCAUCAUGACUAUCAUAGCAUGUGGAGUCUCAUAUGCAUUCAACUUCCAUGCAAAUUAUGGAGUGGAUGUUGUAGGAAAAAUACCAGAUCGAUUUGAGCCUCCCGUUGCUCCUAAUCUUCAGAUCUUUAAGGAGACAGCAAUAGAUGCUUUCCCCAUUUCUAUAGUGGGCUUUGCUGUGGCCUUUGCUGUCGCUAAAGUCUACUCUGUCAAACACGACUAUGCUAUAGAUGGUAAUCAGGAGCUCAUAGCUUUUGGUGCAAGUAACAUCUUUGGUGGAGCAUUUAAAUCUUUGGCAGCAAGCACAGCUCUCUCCAGGAGUGCAGUACAAGAGAGCACAGGGGGGAAAACACAGAUUGCUGGACUUCUUUCUGCCAUUAUUGUGCUAAUAGUAACCUUAGCAAUAGGGUUCUUACUGGAGCCACUGCCUAAGUCAGUACUUGGAGCAGUGGUAAUAGUGAAUCUAAAGGGGAUGCUAAUGCAGGUGCGUGAAGUCCCAUACCUUUGGAGGAAGGAUCGCCCAGACUGUCUUGUUUGGAUUGUGACAUGUGUUGCCUCCAUCCUGUUGGGUCUGGAUCUUGGACUCGCUGUAGGACUUGGAGUAGAACUCAUUGUUGUGGUCUUCAGAACUCAGUACCCACGCUGCUGUGUCCUGGCAAACAUCUCUGGAACGGACAUUUACAGAGACCGCAAGGACUAUGUGAAUAUAUAUGAACCAGAAGGAGUAAAGAUUUUCAGAAUCCCCUCACCGAUCUUCUUUGCAAAUAUUGAUUUCUUUAAAGGAAAACUUAUUGAUGCUGUGGGUUUCAAUCCAUUGAGAGUACUAAGGAAGAGAAAUAAAGCCCUGCGGAAAAUUAGGAAACUGUUAAAGAAAGGGGAACUAACGGUUACAUCUAAAGGAAUACACGCUACAUGCAGUCUGCCAAUUGAAGAGUCUGAAGAUGAAAGCAAUAUGGAGGACCUAGAUCAGCCAAUAGACUUCUCCGACCUUCCUGUUCAGGUGAACUGGAGAUCUGAACUUCCUGCCAACAUCUCUGUUCCUCGAGUUGACAUCCACAGUCUCAUCCUGGACUUCUCUGCCGUCUCUUUUCUGGACAUCUCUGCACUUAAAGUCCUUAAAACGGCUCUGAAAGAAUUCGUUCGUAUUGAUGUUGAGGUCUACAUAGUGGCCUGUGACUCAUACAUCAUUGAGAAACUAAAGAGCUGCAAGUUCUUUGAUAAUGAGAUUACGACAUCUAUCUUCUUCCUGACCAUUCAUGAUGCAAUGCUGCACAUCCAACAGCUCCAUCCACCUUUAAGCAUAAGUAAAAAGGUCGACAAUAACAUCCAUAACAAGCUGAAUAAUGAAAAAAACUACUUGCGCAACAGAGAGAAAGCAGGCAAGGAACCAGAGACCAGAUUUUAA